CCUUUAACCUCGCCACGCCCAAAAUAAGUGAAUGAAAAAAGCUACACACCAAUGUGUCUUACAAAUUUAACAUGACGUUCAGGCAAGGGGUUGUAUUCGACAAGCUAUUCAUAUGCAUCAGAGGAAUCCUAUUACUAGUGAGUGCAAACUCAAGAUACUGUAUUGGCAACGUCAGAGCUGUUCAGGCCGGGUGUGACCACAUUUUUUUGAGUACUGUGAAAACAAAAGCGUCUGACACUGUACGUCCUGUGGCCGGAAAUAAAUGCAUGCUCUUCUGGGGAGAUAAAUGCUUUCUACUCGCACUUGGUGUUUUUAGGAACAAGCAUUGCUUUCUCGUUUAUACCGGACACUCUCAGAAAUAAAGGUCAACUUGAUGUGUACCAAUGACAUGUUCCCUGUUGAGUUUCUUGAUGUCUAUGAUGACGGCUUCAAUUUCCAAGCCCUCAUUGACGUGGACGACAUAGAUGGACCUGUGAGGGGGGACUCUUUCAGGAAGACUCCACAGUGCUACAGUGGUUUGAUUCAUAAUAAAGACAACAAAUAUCUGAUUUUGGGGGAUAACAGCCAAUUUGAAGUCCAAAACUUGACUAUCCAACAGAUAUGCUUGCCUGAUUGCAAAUUCAACUUUCAGUUUUACGAUGAAUCUGGCCAUAAGGUCAGGAAGGGCUCUGCUGUCAUACUGUAUGCUAUUAAAAAUGAUCGCAAGAUGGUGGUUUGCUGUAAUGACAAGCGAAAAAUUCAGCCAAAGGAGAUGGAUAUUCCAGAGAAGAUCGAAGCAACGAAACAUGAAGCUGUAUUCUACAUGACUCCAGUAACUGAAGGAACAAAAAAAUACAUGUUAGAGUCCUCCCUUUACCCGUAUGAAUUUUUGGGUUUUGAGCCAGCAAAAAAUAAUUGUCAACUCACCUUGGUCUUGCAUCGUAAAGUUGACGAAGUGGAUGAACGCUGUCAGAUCACCCUUUCCUAAAUGUUCACGUUUUAUAAUAUAAACUUGUCACAUUAAGCUAAAUUACACUUGUUCAGUGCAACCAUAUUUAAUGUGUGAAAUUGGUAAAAACUCAUCAGAAACAGACCAAUUGCUUGUUUCUGUCUGAACUGAAAUAAACAUUCAACCUAUAGAUCAUCUAAAAGCUCAAA